GUAAUAAAUUGAGAGUAUUAUAAAAAAUAUUACUAGACCGAUAAUCGUAAAUCGGCAUCAUGGACGCCAUUCUAGAAGACAAGUUGUUACGGUACACUCCUGACACUAUGCAGGCGUUACGAAGGCUCUGUAAUUUAGACAAACCCGGUGACAUGGACUUUGCAAUAACAGCACUACAGGAUUGGUUGAAGAAACAACAACAUUUGACUAAAAAGGAUUACUCAAGAUCCUAUUUGGAGACAUUGAUAAUUCUACAAAAAGGUUCGUUAGAGAGAUCAAAAGCUCAAAUAGAGAAUAUUUGCGCGAUCCGAACAUUAUUGCCUGAAUACUUUGAGGUUAAAGAAGACGAAGAGAUAUUUAAACUGGAUGGCUUGACUUUUGACUUGCUUCCGACGCUCACAGAAGAUUACUAUAGAGUAUUGGCAGUCAAACACUUCGCUCGUAAUGGCGACACUCAACGAUUUUUCAAAAUCUACAAAUGUGCUAUUCGUAUGACUGAAUACGCAAUGGCCACGGACUACUGCCGCGGGCUAAUUUGUAUUCUUGACUUCAGAGAUGUCGACAUUGUAGACUACAUAGGUGCUGUUAACAUCAAGGAAUUCUAUCAGUUUAUACAAAUAAUGACGAAAAGCUAUGCUUUAAGUAUAAAGUAUAUACAUGCAAUAACACCAUCAACAGCAGCAAACGCUUUCGUCAACUUGGUAAAGAAGAUGCUCAGUAAUAAAAUAGCAAAUCGCUUCUACGUACAUAAAACGAUAGAACAAUUGUACGAAUACGUGGCCCGAGACAAACUGCCUUCAGAAUUUGGUGGUCACGGGGAAGCACUAGCUGAUAAGCACAUAAAAUGGGUGGAAGCGCUGACGUCCAAGAAGUUGAUCGAGCAUUUAAAAGAAAUGAGUGAAGCGAAAUCAACGCAAGCGAACAAAAUGAAAGACACGAUUAGUGAUCCGGAUUUAGGAAUAUCAGGAAGCUUCCGAUCAUUGAAUGUGGAUUAAACAUGACUAAAAUUUAAUUUAUAACAUGUAGGUCUAUGCAGA